CAAAGCUCUAUUGGUAGUUUUCGUUCGUUUUCGAGGUUACAAUAUUUCGAAUUUUAUUUAAAUUUAAGUCUCUAAAUUAAUACUUUAUUUCAUCUUCAUUAUUAUUAAUAAAUGUAUUCUCAUUAACUAUUAAAAAUUUCAAAAUGUUUUUAUCUAGAUGUGCUCUACGUGCACACAAAAUAGUUAGUCAGUUAGGAUUCUGUUCUAAAAGAUCGACUGAAAUAUAUCAAAACUCGAAUUCAUUAAAAUUGAAUUCACAAAUUCUUAUUUUUAGUCGUUAUUACUGUGUUCAAUCUGAGAGAUCUUCAGAUACUUUAAAUCACGAAUCAAGUCCUACUAAAAUUUUUGAAAAUAUUGAUUAUGAAUCUAUUGCUGGAAGUGAUGAAGAAACACUAACUAAAUUAAAGCGAUUAAUACUUGAAAUUGAUUUACUUUAUGAGAGCGGUGAACAAAUACCAAGUAAUCUUAAAGUAGAUCAAUGGAAAAAUUUAUUACAGUUAAACACUCGAUCAUCACGUAUGAAACAUCUGAGGUAUUUAUUUUUAAUCGAAAAAAAAAAAGAAAAUCGCUAUGUUCGCAAACUAGAAGAACGAGCUAAACGCUUAGAACGAUAUGAAAAUCUACCUGUGAAUGAUCACAUUGAAUACGGAUUACUGAGAAAUAGUAUGUUUCACAGAAUUUAUGAAAAACAAAUGAAUUCUCUUUAUAAUUAUCGCUUAUGCGAAGCUAUGUUGUAUGGGCAAGACAUUAUUAUUGACUGCAGUUAUGAUGGGCACAUGUCUUUAAAAGAACAAACUAAUUGUGCAAAACAGUUAUUGUUAAUGUGGUCUUAUAAUCGUUUCCAUAAGGACCCUUUUAAUGUUGUAUUUUGUAAUGUUAAUAGAGAAGGUACAACAUUCAAAAGAUUAGCCAAAACAAUACCAACUAUUGAUGAACCAACAUUUCCACUUAAUUAUACUGAAAAAAGUUACUUAGAACUCUAUCCAAAAGAAAAGCUUGUUUACUUGACUCCACAUUGUAACGAACUGCUUAAAGAAUACAACCAUGAUGAUGUUUAUAUUAUUGGUGCAAUGGUUGAUAAAAUGAAAGUUGAACCAUUAUCAUUAGCCAAAGCUAAAAGAGAGAAGAUAAGAAUGGCAAAGUUGCCCCUCGAUAUAUAUUUGGAUUGGAAACAAGGGACUAAAAAUUUAACAAUUAAUCAAAUGAUUAUGAUUAUGGCAGAUUUAAAAAUAGAUAAUAAUUGGAUUAAUGCUUUAAGACAUAUACCAAGAAGAAAAAUUUUAGAAGAUAAUGCUUACCAAAGAAAACCUGUAGAAAAUAGUAACAAGUUAUCAGCAAAAAAAAUCAAAGAUAAUUUUAGAAGAAAUUCUGUAUACAAUUUAUUAUUAAAAAAAUCAUAAAAACAA